AUUUCAGUUCGUCAACGUGCUUCACUCGCAACCGACCAUUGGCUAGCAACAUUUCGUCGUUGUUUAUUUAAUCGAACAAGUUUUCGGUAUUUACAUAUUACUAUAUAUACCACACCGCUAUUACCACUCCUAUAGAUCAUAUUAUUUUGAACUAAACACCAGGAAUCAAUUAGUUUCUAAUUAACUUUCGUGCAGUUGACAGUCUCGUUUAAGUGAAACAAACAUUUUAACAAGUUUUCCGUGUUAAAUGUGAAGAUGUGAUGGUCUUAAUCAUAUUGUGUGUGUAUUUAUAACGAAAAUUCCGGUCAUUAAAAUUAAUUGAAUUUGUAAUUUGGUGCUGUGAUUGUAAAGACUUAGAAACAUUUAUCUUAGCGCAAUUAUGUUUACAUAAAAAGCACAACAAAAGUGUUGCACUCCGAAUGUAAACGAGGAAUCGAAAUUGGUUAGUCGACAUUACCGUGUGUUGAAUCCAGUAUUAUUAAUCGUGAUCGCGCAAAAUAUAAAAAACCUCCCAUCAUGUUACGAUACGGGACAUUUCUGUUAGGACUGAUAUUAGCAACAGUAACAGCACAAAAUUUCGAACAAAAUAUGGCUCAAAACGCAUUACCGAACGACAGCUCGAAAUUUGUUCCACCUGAACAACCACAACCACAGCCGCCACAACAACCCAAUGAUUCCCUAACGGCGGCACAACAGUUCAUAUUACAAGCUACAAUGCAAAUAUCCAAUGGGACCGAAAGGUUUUCGUUGGAACUUUACAAGAGAUUAGCCAUAGCAUUGGACGAACUGCCCGAAGGACGAGAUUUCAUUAUUUCGCCAUUUUCUGUGUGGUCAUUGCUGAUCCUGACGGCUGAGGGGGCGUUAGGGAAUACAUACGCACAGUUACAAAAUGUGAUGGGUCUACCGAACGAUUUGACUUACAUUCGAGAAGGCUAUCGGCACAUACAAAAUUCCCUUAAAGUGAACACAACGACUAUUGAAUUGGCUGUGGAGCAAGUGAUGUUUACCGAUAAAAAUCGUCCCGUAGAACUUGACUAUGAAGACAAAUUAACGCGAGUGUACGAGGCAGACGUAGUCCCCGUUGAUUUUCACAAAACUGAUGAUGCCUAUUACGAAAUCAAUGACUACAUUAAUGAGAAGACACACGGAAAAAUCACGAAAAUUGUACAGCCAGAAGAUUUACACGACCUGCAGAUGGUCCUCGUAUCGGCCAUAUUUUUCAAGGGUGAAUGGAAGUUCCCGUUUGAUAAGCAGGACACCAGAGAAGAGCCAUUUUACGAUGAGAAUGGAAACAAUUUGGGAACUGUGAAUAUGAUGUCGCAAAAGGGCGCUUUUGGGUAUGCCGCACAUGCGGCACUUCAGGCACAUGUCCUCGAACUUCCAUAUGGAAAUGAGGAUCGUUUGAGCAUGUACGUUCUGCUGCCACGAAAAGGUUUGAGACUGUCGGCUGUAAUUGAAAACAUUGCAAACGUUGGCAUUGCAAAAAUUAUGGCAGAUAUUGAAGCAGCGCAAGCCAAAUACGAAGACGACGAAGUUGAAGUCUUUAUGCCGAGAAUCCGAAUUACCUCCGAUUUUACGUUGAAUAUGGUGCUGGAACAGAUGGGAUUGGUUGAUAUAUUCGAUGCAAACACGGCGAAUCUCACGGGCAUAGCUAAAUAUGCGCCGUAUUUGUCGAGAAUCAUACAUAAGGCCAAAGUUGAAGUGACUGAAGAGGGAACUGUUGCGGCGGCCGUUACUGGUGGAACGUUUGUCAACAAAAAUUCCCCGUCAAGAUUCUACGCAAAUCGGCCAUUCGCCUUUUUGAUCGUAGAAAAGCGAUCGAAAUUGUUGCUGUUUAGCGGUCAAGUUAAGAAUCCAACCCAAGACAAAUUUUAAAUCGAUUUUUCUGUGAAAUAAUUCUAUUUUUGUAUUAAAAACCAUUUCAAAUUGACAAAUUAAACCGAAUUGUCUUUUGAA